AUGGUGCUGCUGUCCGGGGACGGGGAGCAGGUGGCCGGGGAGCGGGUCUGCCCCGCGCCGGCGGCGGAGAUGGCCAGCGGCGAGGCGGAGAGCAGCCCCGAGCAGGGGGCGGCGGGGGCUGCCGCCGAGGGGCCGGACGAGGAGGAGGAGGAGGAGGAGGAGGAGGAGGAAGAGGACUGCGAGGAGUACGAGGACUUCUCCGAGCUGCCCGACACCUGCAGCAUCGCCUCGGACGACUCCUUCUACCCGCCGAGGGGGCUGGAGGACGAGGAGGAGGAGGACUGCUGGUCCCUGGAGCAAGGGGGGCGCGACAGCCCCGAGGCCCUCAGCCUCUUCCGAGCCUGCUGCACCAACAACGCCGUCGUCCUCAAGGCGCUCAUCCGCCAAGGCCCCGAGGAGGAGGAGGUGCGGGAGACCGACCGCAACCGCCGGAAUGGUCUUAUCGUUGCCUGUUACCAAGGUUAUGUGGAUAUUGUAAUAGCCUUAGCACAAUGCCCUCACCUCGACGUGAACUGGCAGGACAACGAAGGGAACACGGCUCUAAUUACAGCUGCACAGGCAGGGCACAUAACCAUUACAAACUAUUUGUUGAACUAUUUUCCUGGGCUUGAUAUUGAGAAGAGGAAUGUGUUUGGAUUCACAGCACUGAUGAAAUCUGCGAUGCAGGGCCGAACUGAAUGCGUGAAAGCCUUGAUGUUGGCAGGGGCAAAUGUUCACGCGACUGACCCAAGCCGUGGACUGACUUCAUGGGAAUGGGCUUGUUACACUGGAAGAUCAGAAUCUGCCUUCAUCAUGCAAAAGCUGAUGGACAGGCCAUGCCCGGAACAGUUUUGUGAUCAAUAUAAACCAGAAUGGCCAAAGAUGAAGGAACUUCUUGCCAAGGCUGCAGAGCCAAAGACUUGUUUGCAGAGGAUUUCUGAGUGCGUGAGGGCAGCUGUCUCAUUCCGGUCUUUCUAUGGCCCAGAAGAAGACGGGGUCCUCGAUCACAUGGUGAAGGUGACAACAAGCUUGAGCAGUCCUUUCAUUGCCCUGUCGUGCCGGACAGUAUGCCCAGGCAGCCCACCUUCCGUGGGGAAACGCAGACUGGCUGUGCAAGAAAUCAUUAGGAAGCAGAGAGCCGAGGAGAUCCGAUCUCAGGACAAAGACCACUUUAGCAGCUACGAGAAGCUAUUUCGGAACUCCAAAGUCACGGUGAUCCCCAAGAAGAAGGACCGUCGAGCCAGCCUGCAGCCCAUCAGCCUUUCAGUCUCCCAAGUGAACACCAUAGCCACCAGGAAAGCAAGCCUCUUGCCGCUCCACCUGCUUAGACGGAGCAGCGUCAGGCCGGGAUUUGUCAUCCCCAAAGUCCGUAUAAGCAAGGCUCCUCCACCCACCUUCCAGCCAGAAAAGGCCAGAAGGAGGAGCAGUGCAAAGGACGACCCCUACUUGCAGAUUCCCAAAUGGAGAUACAAGGAGCUAAAAGAGGAGCGGAAGAAGGCAGAGGAACAGGAGAAGAAAAAAGCAGCAGAGGCUCAAAAGCAGAAGCAGGUGUCUCCUGCCAGAUGCAGGACCUGAUUUAAAAGCAGUUGCUUAGAAGGUUUUAGAGCCGUUAGUCUUGUUAUCUGAGCAAGACAACAGACCGCAUGCCUUCGUGCAUGCCCGCUGCUCACGGAGCUGGAAUACUGAAUAAUGGCCCAGUGCAGAAAAAGGUGCAGAAGCAGGGCAAGGGCUAUGCCACAGUGUGUCUGAUGGUGGAGCAGGAAGGUAUUUUAAGGUUGAAGACCUACUAAGUUCACCUGUCUGCCGCUGAUAGGAAGUUUUAAGUGGCGCAGUCCUCUUGCGGUUUCCCUUUUUUCCAGUUCCAGGUGAAUGACUGAGAAACAGCUUGAAAAACAACAUGUGUGUGAAAGGAUCGUAUUUGGUGUUUGUUCAUUUUGUAAUGGACAAAAUUAAGGAGUUGUGCUUUUGACACUAGACAUUCCUCCCUCUCCUUGCUUAGGUAGAUGUAUUGCGAGGUUUUAUAGUAAUAAUGAAAAGUUUAAAAUAUACCACAGUGUUGGUGGGCAGUGAAAAUCCAGGUCUACAAUUGUUUUGAAUAUACUAAGCACUUUAUUUUAAUUCCAGUAAUCAAAGUUUAAGACAGGAUAGGUAUUAAACUGUACAGCUCUAUACAGUCUGUAUGGAUGCAGUUCUUAACACUAUUGUUUGUUCUAUUGAAUAUUAAAAGGGCUGCAUAUGAAAUAUUUCAGUAGUUGAGGUAUUCACAUCCUCUGCAGGUAUGAAUCAGAGGCAGGGACUGAUUCCUUUCAAGCAACAGAGAAGCUGAGCUAAUUUUUGAAUGCCACCAUCACCUAAGAUUUGCCUCCCCCAUGAAGUUUCCCUGCAUCCACUGUCUGUUGUCUCCUCUUUAGUCUCAGGGAAUUCUCUGUCAUUGCGUUUAACUGUGAAAUAAGGGAGAUGGUGAGACAGGUGGGGGGGUUUUUUUAGGUUGAUAUUUAAGUUCCUGUUAAAAAAAACCACCGGGUUUAUUGGGAGCCUUUCCAUAUUAUAGCCAGGACAGGAGAAUUCUGCAGCUUCCAGAAGUUCAAUCCAUUUUCCUAGGUAUCAAGUCCAGCCAUAUAUUAUGAACAGCCAGUCAGAGAUGCAGGACCAGGCAGCUCAUCCGCUAAAAUUUGGAAAUGGUGGCCAGAUGUCACUGUGAGCUUUGGUAGUACGUCUCUGGGUGCCCGGAGAGGGCAGUACAUCACCCCUUUAUCUCAACACUGGGAGAAAACCUUCCCUAGUACAUGAGUGCAUCUCAAAGUGGGAGUUCCCACGGGUUGCUGCAGGUUCUUGUGGUCCAUGUUAAGGUGUUACCAGUAGCCAGACUGAACGGUGUGCCAAACCCUGGCAAAUUCCAUCAAGGAAGGGCUGUAAACCUGCUGCUUGCUGAAGAAAGACCACAUUCAUAAGAGUAGAGGUCAAACGCAAACAACAAGUCACACAGCACGUGCUCAGGCUGCAUUUUUGCUCAGGCUUUGCUCCCAUUUGAAAUGAAAUGUGCUGUGGUGUGUUCUCCCGACGGUGUUGCUCUAAUGGGGGCCAGGCAGACCCCAGCUGCUGCUGUCACCAGCUUCUCCCUUCAAUUAAGGAGAGGGAAAACUUUUCCGUCCUUUACUCCCACAGCACAAAGGCUGGCCAUGGUCUCACUGAACUCGUAAUGAAACUGUGCGUGUCAUGGGAGAAAUAAAUUCAGUUGAUUGAAAAUCAGUGCUCAGAUUGGUAUUGCUAGCUAGCGUCCACGGGGGUCAGGGCUCGACAGAGGUUAUGGCAGACAUGUGAAACAAGGAUUUUCUAUGCAGCCUGUUCUUUGUACCUCUUGCUGGAGUAGCUGUGCUGGCUAGACGGCAUCGCCAGGUAGCCUCCCAGGUCAGAGCUGAAGGAAUAUCCAUCCUGCUAAUAAACCUACCCAGCUCUGUGAAUAUAAAGAGGAUUUUAGUCUGCAAGUGCAUCAGUGCAGUGCAAUUCAUAGGCACCAACUUUGUGAUGGAUUUGGUGUGACCAGAAUAUAAGCUGAACUCAUUUCUUUGGAGAGCAGGAAGACAUCUUUUAGCUGCCUGUGGCAGAGAUAUUAGGAUGGUGGGGUUUUUUUAAAUUGGUACACUGGAUUUAAUGGUUUAACCACUAAUUUUUGUUUACCGCCAGCCCAGCAUACUGAAGAUUUAGCAUUCAGAUUCAGUAUCUGAAAAGCAACCUGUGCUGCAGGUGAGCACUUGAAUUUGCACUCUCAGUAUCACUUUCAGGAGACAUACCGUUGGCAGCUGCUCUCAGGGAUUAACAUACAGUAUGUUAGAAUUAGGGGCUGAAAAUGAAGCCUGUUUUCUAACCCUUUGUACUUUACUGUGUAUACGUGUAUAAGUAUGUGAUAUUUCCAUUAAAAGGUUAAACAAGCUGUUAAACUUAUUUGGCAACCUUAUUCUUCAGAGCGGUUUGGGGGUGCUGCUUUUCACUUUUCAGCAGAUAAAAAACCCCAGCCGCUGUCACCAAUGGACUA